CACGAAGCGAAGAAGCGGCGGAGAGCUGGAAAGCGCUCGUUUGCCUCCGGGCUCCCUCCCGCCGGCUUCUCCCAGUGGAGCUAAACCUCCCGUGGGGCCGGGGUGGUGGUGUGGGGGGGUGGUCCCCAGCGAGCAGCGGGGCAGCCCCGUCCGCCGCCUCCUCUCCGCUUCCCCCCAUCAGGAGGAGGAUUUUCCCUCCUUAACGCCAACACCCGGGAAGCCUCGGCGGGAGCCCGGCAGCGGCGGCGAGCGCGGGGCAGGUGCCGCCGGCUCGGCGGGGGCUCGGCCCGGCCCCGACGGGCGUCGCAAGGCGGGGGGGCACCGGGGGGUCGGCCGCCAACGGCGGGACGGGGCGGGGAGCGAACAAAGCGUCCCCGACGGGGCCGGCCGGCACGGUGCCGCCCGCAGCGGGGGCGGGGUGACCGGGCCACCCGGCCCCCCCUUCUCCACACACACACAGAGACACGCACACGCAGAGACACAAGCGGCCGCCGGUGCGCGGCGGGAGGAUGCGGAGGCUGCGCCCCUGGGCGCUGGUGCUGGGCGGGCUGCUGUGUGCCGCCGCCGCCGCCGGUCCGCCGCCGCGGAGCUACCCGCACAGCGCGGUGCUGGACGGCGCGGCCGCGUACCGCCUGCUCUGGGGCCGGCGCGGCAGCUCCCUCGCCUUCCGCCUGGAGGUGCGCACCCGCGGCUACGUGGGCUUCGGGCUCUCGGCCAGCGGCGGCAUGGCCUCGGCCGACAUCGUGGUGGGGGGCGUGGAGAGGGGACAGCCCUACCUGCAGGAUUAUUUUACAGAUGAAAACAGAGUACUUAAAAAGGACCCUCAACAGGAUUACCAUCUGGAAUAUGCCAUGGAAAACAGCACACAUACCAUAUUGGCUUUUAGCAGAGAACUGCACACUUGUGAUACAAAUGACAAAAGCAUAACGGAGAGCACAGUGCGAGUUAUAUGGGCCUACCACCACAAAGACAUGGGAGAAGCAGGUCAAAAUUACCAUGGGUCUAAUCGUGGUACAAAAAGUCUACGUUUACUGAAUCCUGAGAAAGAAGAAGUCUCAUCUGCCUCUUUGCCAUACUUUGACUUGAGAAACAAAGACGUGCCUGUACCAGACAAGGAUACAACAUAUUGGUGCCAAAUGUUUAAGAUUCCUGUACAACAUGAAAAGCAUCAUGUGACAAAGGUUGAGCCAUUGAUCCAGAAAGGCCAUGAGAAUCUGGUGCACCAUAUCCUGCUCUACCAGUGCAGCAGCAAUUUGAAUGACAGUGUGCUGGACUACGGGCACGAGUGCUACCACCCCAACAUGCCAGACUCUUUUCUUACAUGCGAGACGGUCAUUUUUGCUUGGGCCAUUGGAGGAGAGGGCUUCACCUACCCUCCUCAUGUUGGCUUAUCCAUUGGCACAGCAGCUGACCCUCAGUUCGUUCUUAUGGAGGUGCAUUAUGACAAUCCAUCAUACACAGAAGGUUUGAUAGAUAACUCUGGUCUGAGGUUAAUUUAUACUCCAGUUAUAAGGAAAUAUGAUGCUGGGGUAAUUGAAGCCGGUCUUUGGGUCAGCCUCUUCCACAAUAUCCCACCGGGCAUGCCUGAAUUUGUGUCAGAGGGUCACUGCACACUGGAAUGUCUGGAAGAGGCUCUAGGUGCUGAGAGACCUGCUGGGAUUCAUGUGUUUGCGGUACUUCUUCAUGCUCAUCUUGCUGGCAGAGCUAUCAGGAUGCGUCACUUCCACAACGGCGAGGAGCAGAAGCUGCUUGCUUAUGACGAUGAGUUUGACUUCAACUUCCAGGAGUUUCAGUAUCUGAAAGAAGAAAGAACCAUCUUGCCAGGGGAUAAUUUAAUCACAGAAUGUCACUACAGUACUGUGGACCGAAUUCGCAUGACAUGGGGUGGUCUGAGCACCAGGAAUGAAAUGUGUCUGUCGUAUCUGCUUUACUACCCGAGAAUCAACCUCACCCGAUGUGCAAGUAUUCCAGAUAUAAUGGAACAACUCCAGUUCAUUGGUGUUAAGGAAAUCUAUAGACCAGUCAGGACUUGGCCUUUCAUUAUCAAGAGUCCUAAGCAAUAUAAAAACCUGUCUUUUAUGGAUGCAAUGAACAAAUUCAAAUGGUCCAGAUCGGAGGGUCUCUCCUAUAAUGAACUUGUGCUUAAACUACCAGUGAAUGUGAGAUGUUCAAAAACAGAUAAUGCAGAAUGGUCGAUCCAAGGCAUGACAGCUUUACCUCCUGAAAUAGAGAGACCGUACAAGACAGAACCAGUAAUAUGCAACUCAUCUUCCUGUUUACGUUGCAGUUUAUUCCUCACCCUGUUGUUUGUUGUACACAUCGCAGCCAGCACCAUAGGAAACACUGGGCCCCUUGUAUAAUAAUUUUUAUUCAGUUGUGUUCUGUAUGCCAUGCAAGUUCUCAUGUGUUUGCACUGUUGCUAUUGUAGAUUUAUUUUUUUACAUAUUAAUAAACUGAAUUUGCCAGUUCCAAAUAAAAUACGUACUUCCUUGGAAAAAUGUGGGUUUUUUGGUUUCCAGUGUAAAGUAUGUAUAAAACACAGUAGGUACACUGGCACGUUGCAUAUUGAAAUCUUUUCCUGCACCAUUUUGUUACACUUUGUCCUGGCUCUUUCACACGGUGUUUUCAAAACCAACUCUGUAUAUGGGUAAACUUAAUAAACUAAAAGCAACU